AUGGAAGAACACAAACUGAGGUUACUGAAGGACUUUCUGUCACGAGCAAAGGUAAGCCUACAUGACUGUGUCCACCUUUUGAAGAAGAAAGAAGUGUAUCUACGAAACUGUUAUGCAGACCCCAUUGAAUUUGACAGUGACAAGUUUAUUGAGAUCAUUCUGGUAGAUUCCGCUUUCAUUCUUGAACUAUUCUUCAGAAAUGUCUCAGGUAAUAACCAGUUGCAGGAUCAGUAUGAUCAUUUUUUUGGCGGCCCAUGGAAGGUACGAUUCAUUAAAACUGACAUGCUUCUGCUUGAAAAUCAAGUUCCUUUCUCCAUCAUCGAGGACCUUCUUUUAUUAACGAAAUCAGACGUUCUUCCCAUAAAGAACGACGUUCGGCGUUCAGCAAUCAUGCUAACCUACGAGUUCUUCAAAAGGAAGUUGAAUCUGCUAGAUAUAGAUAACUUCAAUAUUGAGGAAAAAGUGGGUGAACUGGAAAUACAACAUUUUGUUGAUUUUGCCAGAAUUUGUUAUGUCCCUCGAGUUCUUCCAAGCAAAAACAAACUAGAGUGCGUGACUAUGCCAAGGGCAACAAAGUUACGCGAAGCUGGAGUGAAGUUCAAGGUGAAGAACGGCGGGAGUCCUUUUGACAUCGGAUUCAAAGAUGGGGUAUUGGAAAUCUCACGGUUGAGAAUAAAAGAUGCGACGGAGAUUUUUCUGAGGAAUCUGAUUGCAUACGAACGUUGUCACUUGCACGACAAUUAUAUGAAUGACUACGUCUUUGUCUUGGAUCGCCUGAUAGAGACAGCAGGUGACGUGGAGUUACUGAUGCAUUGUGGGAUUAUAGAGACAAAGUUAUCAGGAACUCAAGAAGUGGCUUCUCUGGUGAACGAGCUUUGGCCGGGAAUGGCCAUGGCGAGAAGAAGGUUCUACUUCUCAGAUCUGUGUGGGGAGAUGUGUGUGAACGGUGGGGAGAUAUUCGACAAGCACUGCUCCCAGCAAAAUCAAAGUUCUUACCGGGCAUCUUCUCUUUCCAUGUAUGAUUUCGUCUAUCUACCAAUGGGUUGCAGGAAAUUUGAGCAUGACAAGGAGCAAUCGAAUAUGGGUUACACGUUUGUGGAUUACACAUCAGUAAGAGCUGCGUUUCUGUGUUUCCUAUAA